AGUGAGAGAGAGAGAGAGAGUGAGAGAGAGGAGAGAGAGAGAAAAUCAAUUGGUUUAGAAGGUUCGGACUCACUUGACAGGUUCAGUUGGAGACGAUCAUAGGUGGCUGCAGUGACAAAGGGAAAUUGUGCUUUUCCAGCAUGCUUACUGACCCUGAUUUACCUCAGGAGUUUGAAAGGAUGUCUUCCAAGCGACCAGCCUCUCCGUAUGGGGAAGCAGAUGGAGAGGUAGCCAUGGUGACAGGCAGACAGAAAGUGGAAGAAGAGGAGAGUGGCGGGCUCCCAGCCUUUCACCUUCCCUUGCAUGUGAGUUUUCCCAACAAGCCUCACUCUGAGGAAUUUCAGCCAGUUUCUCUGCUGACGCAAGAGACUUGUGGCCAUAGGACUCCCACUUCUCAGCACAAUACAAUGGAAGUUGAUGGCAAUAAAGUUAUGUCUUCAUUUGCCCCACACAACUCAUCUACCUCACCUCAGAAGGCAGAAGAAGGUGGGCGACAGAGUGGCGAGUCCUUGUCUAGUUCGGCCCUGGGAACCCCUGAGCGGCGCAAAGGCAGCUUAGCUGAUGUUGUUGACACCUUGAAGCAGAGGAAAAUGGAAGAGCUCAUUAAAAAUGAGCCAGAAGAAACCCCCAGUAUUGAAAAGCUACUCUCCAAGGACUGGAAAGACAAGCUUCUGGCCAUGGGAUCAGGAAACUUUGGUGAAAUAAAAGGGACUCCCGAGAGCCUAGCUGAGAAAGAGAGGCAACUCAUGGGUAUGAUCAAUCAGCUGACCAGUCUGCGAGAGCAGCUGUUGGCUGCCCACGAUGAGCAGAAGAAACUAGCUGCGUCCCAGAUUGAGAAACAGCGCCAGCAAAUGGAGCUGGCCAAGCAGCAGCAGGAACAGAUCGCAAGACAACAGCAGCAGCUCCUGCAGCAGCAACACAAGAUCAAUUUGCUCCAGCAACAGAUCCAGGUCCAAGGUCAGUUGCCGCCAUUAAUGAUUCCCGUAUUCCCUCCUGAUCAACGGACACUGGCUGCGGCUGCCCAGCAAGGAUUCCUCCUUCCUCCAGGCUUCAGCUAUAAGGCUGGGUGUAGUGACCCUUACCCUGUUCAGCUGAUCCCAACUACCAUGGCAGCUGCUGCCGCAGCAACACCGGGCUUAGGCCCACUCCAACUGCAGCAGUUAUAUGCUGCCCAGCUAGCUGCAAUGCAGGUCUCUCCAGGAGGGAAGCUCCCAGGCAUACCCCAAGGCAACCUCGGUGCUGCUGUUUCUCCUACCAGCAUUCACACAGACAAGAGCACAAACAGCCCACCACCCAAAAGCAAGGAUGAAGUGGCACAGCCACUGAACCUCUCAGCUAAACCCAAGACCUCUGAUGGCAAAUCACCCACAUCACCCACCUCUCCCCAUAUGCCAGCUCUGAGAAUAAACAGUGGGGCAGGCCCCCUCAAAGCCUCUGUCCCAGCAGCAUUAGCUAGUCCUUCAACCAGAGUUAGCACAAUAGGUUAUUUAAAUGACCAUGAUGCUGUCACCAAGGCAAUCCAAGAAGCUCGGCAGAUGAAGGAACAGCUUCGGCGGGAACAACAGGUGCUUGAUGGGAAGGUGGCUGUUGUGAAUAGUCUAGGUCUCAAUAACUGCCGGACAGAAAAGGAAAAAACAACACUGGAGAGUCUGACUCAGCAACUGGCAGUUAAGCAGAAUGAAGAAGGAAAAUUUAGCCAUGCAAUGAUGGAUUUCAAUCUGAGUGGAGAUUCUGACGGAAGCGCUGGAGUCUCAGAGUCAAGAAUUUAUAGGGAAUCCAGAGGGCGUGGUAGCAAUGAACCCCAUAUAAAGCGUCCGAUGAAUGCCUUCAUGGUGUGGGCUAAAGAUGAACGCAGGAAAAUCCUUCAAGCCUUUCCUGACAUGCACAAUUCCAACAUCAGCAAGAUAUUGGGUUCUCGCUGGAAAGCUAUGACAAACCUAGAGAAACAGCCCUACUACGAGGAGCAAGCCCGUCUGAGCAAGCAGCACCUGGAGAAAUACCCCGACUACAAAUACAAGCCGCGACCGAAGCGCACCUGCCUGGUGGACGGCAAGAAGCUGCGCAUCGGCGAGUACAAGGCCAUCAUGCGGAACCGGAGGCAGGAGAUGCGGCAGUACUUCAACGUCGGGCAACAAGCACAGAUCCCCAUCGCCACUGCUGGUGUUGUGUACCCUGGAGCCAUUGCCAUGGCUGGAAUGCCCUCCCCUCACCUGCCCUCAGAGCACUCAAGCGUGUCCAGCAGCCCAGAGCCUGGGAUGCCCGUUAUUCAGAGCACUUACGGUGUCAAAGGAGAGGAGCCCCAUAUCAAAGAAGAGAUGCAGGCUGAGGACAUCAACGGAGAAAUUUAUGAUGAGUACGAUGAGGAAGAGGAUGACCCAGAUGUAGAUUAUGGGAGUGACAGUGAAAACCAUAUUGCAGGACAAGCCAACUGAUAAGGGUCAAAAGAUUGUUGUGACCUUAGGACUUAAAGAAGCCCUAACUGGUUCAUCCUUACCAGUGGCCAAGCACAUUAACUUUCUCAUACACUGACUGUUACUUUAACUGUUAGUCUUAAAUAGUUGGGACAUCAGCUGACUAAUAGACCUCAGCCUCAAAAGGCUUGGAAAGGAAAAAAAAAAAAAAUACAACAAGCAAACAAGAAUAUCAACAAGAGAUUGAAAUAAGCUAUGGGUAAAAUAAUGCCAGUAAUUCAGCUGCUACAUCCAAGCACUGAAGUCUUACCCGUCAACUUUUUUUUUUUUUUAAUAAACUUUAUGGCUGUUUGUUCUACAAUGUUCUAGAAAUUCUCACUCAGGUACACAGUGCCAACAAGUGGCUUGUGAAUGUGUUUUAUUGUUUUGUGCUACAAUUUUUAAAAAGAAAUAAGUUUUGUUUUGUUUCUUGGGGUUUCUGGGAUUUUUUUUUUUCUCCUUUUCUUUUUCUUUCUUUUUUUCUUUCUUUCUUUUUUUCUUUUUUCUUUUUUUUUUUUAUAAUGCACCUGACAGAAAAAGAAAGAUGAAUUUCUCUUGGUUUCUCUCCACCUUCUCUAUCUCUGUACUUUCAAGAUGGAAGUCUGUGCAUGGGGGGUGGGGGGAAGGCCGAGGGAAAAAGAGCCUGUUUUAACUUCCUUGCUAUCCACCACAAAAUAAGCAAUUAUUUUCUUUAGAGGACUUUAUCUAUUGUGCACCACACUACAUCUUUGAGCAAGUGCCAAAUUUGUACUGAAGUGUUGACGACUGAGUUCAUUUUUUUCCCUUUCCUUUUUCCUGUUCCUUCUUCAGUUAGGACAGUGUUAUAUCUUAGACAAUCCCUUGAAAAACCUGAAAUACCAGCAGCUGGUGAGAUUUGACUUUUUUUUUUUUUUUAAUGGAACUGUAGGUGCUGUUCUCAGGUGAAAAGAGAGAGAGAGAGACAUAAGAAAUUUAGAGAAAAAAUAUUUUCUGAUCUUGGAUUUUUGUGUGUAUGUAUGUGUGUGAUUAUGGUACUAAUAGGAAUAACGUCGGACCAUUGUGAGUUAAACCCACAUCUGGGGAUGAAAUCCCACAUCCUCCUAAGUGACUGGUCUAGAAGUAAUCUUGACCUUGACUUUGCACUUCAAAUGACAAUUUAACCAAGUAUAGGGCUCAAAAAUUAUAUUUUUAAAUGUCUAAUAUGAUUAUUAUUGGAAGGAUCAGGUGGCCCUGUGUAGUAGAGGUGUGCAUAUAUAACAUGAAAGCUACUAGCAAACUGCUCCCAGAUGUCCCUUCUCCCUGGCUAACUGGUUCCACUAACGUUUGCUACUUAGUGUUUUUUGUUGUUGUUGUUGUCGUUUUUCCUAUUGAUACUUCAAGCAAAAGAAUCAUUGUUUUCAAUCACUAUAUUUGGCCAUGUUCCUGAAAUAAAGAAUAAGCUUAUUUCUUCCACAUUCCUGAUUCCCGAGCAGGAAAUGGAGCUGGUGAUUUUUAUGAGGCAUAUUUCAUCCCUCCAUGAAAUGAGAUAGAGGCCUUUUGCAUUUCAGAAAUGUGGGCCAUGUCACGUUUCAUGCCAUAGAAAGCAGCAUUUGAUUAAAAGUCACUGCAGCCCAACAAAAUGGACCCUGGUUGAACCCAGGAGUGUUUCUGCCAAUAUUUUUUCUUAGCUGUGGAUGAAUCCACUGUCCAGUUUUGGUUCCAACAGAGUAUAUGUGUCAAGAGCAACAACUGACAGGGAUGGGACUCCUAAUGGAGAUUUUUGCCAGCCAAAUACCACAGCGGUUGUAGGGCCUGUACAAAUUAAAAGCAAAAUCAUUUCAAGUCAAUUGCCAUUAUUUGUAUUAAGGCAUCAGACAGUAAAUACUCCAACCAGUAGCUUGGAUGUGCUAUGGUUUUCACGCCAGCUGUCAUUUUCCUAUCUCACCCCCAAACACGGCCCUAACAUUUGAUUUUUACAUUGAAAUAUGAACAAAAUCCUUGUUUAUUUUUCUCUCUCUCAAAAGACUUGCUCUGGGGUUUUGCUUGGAGGAGCUGAUCAUAUCCUGCAUGUCAGAGAUUUCGUUUUGUCUGUUUUUUCUGUUUGUUUUUGAUGACUGUAUUUUCAUUUAAACUGCCUCUUUUUGCUAGUGUUGUAAUAAUGAUGAUGAUAAAAUAAUAAUAAUAGUAAUAAUAAUAAUAAUAAUAAUGGUCAGCUGUUCCCAGAUUAGUAAGUUAUGUAUAAUUUAUUUUAUUUCUCCCUUUCUAUUUUAUCCUGCUUUGAUUCGGAAGUGCAGCCAAUAAGCUGUUAAGAUAUUUAAAACAAAUUUCCAUCUCCAAUUCAUAUAUAUAUGUGUGUGUGUGUAUACACAUAUAUAUACAUAUAUAUUCACAUACCUACACACACAGACAUUCACCUACACAGUUUUACUUCUCCUUCCAUAAGUUUUUUCCUUUUUGAGAAUUUUGGCCCCAACAAUAUCAUUUCUGGUGUUUUAGUACAAAGGGGUGAAUUAAUAGGAGGGUUGUGUUCAAUCUUAAAUAACUUACACUCUCAUCACUUCUUUUAGUGAUUUAAUUGCCACAGUCAUCUAGAGCCAAUUUUUAAAUUUUUGUUUGUUUUUUGUUUUUAAGCACUCUGAAUAAGGAAAAAAAAAUACACUUGUUUUUAUAUCAUUAUUAUGUACAAUGUGAAAACAGAUUUUUUAGAAAUACCGUCUCUGUCUCUGUUAACAAAUUCCUUCUGAUUUAUGUGGGUUCACCUCUCACGUUCGCUGGAUACUUACUUUACACCGUGUUAUAAAAAUGCUUUGUUUUCAUUUCAUGACUUUGGGCUACAAGAAUACUUUGUUUUAGCUCCAGGUAGAUGCCAUCGAGGGCAUUCGUGGCUGAAACCAGUUCUAACAUACUUACCAGUGAAUUGGCAAAACACUUCUCUUUGGUCUUUUUGUUUGAUUUUUAUCUUAUUUUCUUUGAAGGGGAAAACAAAAUUGUUGAUGGUUUUAAUGGUUUUAAAAUUGUUGAUGGUUGACUUUUAAAUGCUGAAAUUCAGAAGGUAUUUUAUUUAGUUAGGUUUCUGUCCAAGACAGAAUGGCCUAUUUGAAUGAACUGAAUGAAAAUGCAAGUCCAUAGCCCUUGCGAGUCCAUUAACGCCCAUGGACGACGCCUACUAAACGUCCAUAGGCGUUAAUAGCCUCUUGUUCUGACAUUCAAUUCACUGAGUGUUACAACUUCUUUUUUUCUAGUUUUCCCCAAAAGAAACAAAAACAAAAAUAAUUCUAUUAAUGUUUACAGUGCUUUGAAAUCACUUGAUAAAAGGUACUGUGAAUAGCAACUUAACUAUGUUGAUGCCUUGCCCUGGCCUUUGGCAGUUGGUUUGUUUAUGAUUUGGAUAAAGGAUCCUAAAACCUUGUGUUCUUUUUCUGUGCCCCAUGAUGACCAAAAAAGAUAAGGUAGAGGAAAUAAAGAGUAAGAUCAAACUAGAAUCAAUAUGAAUAGUUUCCCACCUCUCUUUUUUCCUACCUACCUUUUCAACCCUCUCUCUCUCUCCUUCAAAUCUCAUGCAUUCUCUUGCUCUUGCUCGCUCUCUCUCUUUCCCUUCUCCUCUCUCUCUCUUCCCGCCAUGUACACAUUGCAGAAUAAUAAUGCCAAAAUUCUGGUUUUUAUAGGAUUUACAAUCACCUCUUCUAAAAGUAAGUUAUGUUUUAAUACGAAUCUCAGAGAGCAUCACUGGAAAAAAUAAGUUAACAGUUGCUCCUUUCUAAGUUACUAAUAAUUUGAUUAGUUACUACACUUGUAUAAAAUGUAAAACUAUCUUUCAGUACAUUUAUACCUAAAUUAGUUACAUCCAUUUUACAGUUUAUUUGGCAUCUUCAGUUAAGAAUUAACCAUAUAUAAAAAUCCCUCCCAAAGAAUGUAUCAUCAGUGUUGAAACCAAAUCCUCUUAUAAGGAACAAUUAUAAACAAGUGUUUUUUGUUGUUCUUUUUUUUCUUGGUGAAAUUAUUUUAUAGUUAUGAUUUCUGGAGUAGAAUUUUACUUAAUUCACUGAAAGAAAAUUAUCUUUAACCAUUCUGUGGUCUAAUUUCAGAUAUUUUCUUAAUCCAGAAGCUGUUACUGCUCCCAGAAGAAACUUCCUACAUCACAUUAAAAACAUCAAAAAUAAUUACACUUUCAUUCAUUCUAAAGGGUAAAUUAUUGAAUUGUAAUAAACAACUGUAUAUGAAAAACAGGUUUAUAAAAUAUUUGUCUAUCAAGUUAAUAGUAAAAUAAAAAUUAUGGGGUCUACAAGAAAAACUAUGAAGCCCACUUAAAGUGGUUCAGAUAUUUCUUUGUCUUGUAGGACGUAGGUGUUUGUUUAGUCAGACUUUUACAGUAUUUAAUUUUAAAGUUUCCUAGAACCAUCAGUCUCCCAGGUUGAAGAUGAUGUGUUGAAUUUCCUACUGAUUGAUUCCCAUCCUCCCCAGUGUUUCUGUCACUGGUUCACUAAAACAGUAUUUAUGUUGCUCCACCGGCUCUAAAGGUCCUUCUACCAUUUUGGAUUUUACAAAUAAAAAUGGAAAAAAAAAUAGAAAAGAGACAAUCAAAUGCCUGGAGCUUAAAACAAAGUAUGUGCAACCUACCAUCUCACUUGAAAUUUAAUAAAAUAAAUAAUUAUGUAAAUAUAACAUAGAGUUAUAGAUUUAUAUUUUGUUCAUAACACAUAGUGUAAUAUAAGUUGUAUAUUUUCAUGUUUUUUUGGUUUUAUGUUAUCAUUCAUGCCACAAUAAAAAUAAAACAGGAGUUUAUGUACUCUUAAAAAAAAAAAUGUGGGUUGCCACCAACCUGUUUUGUUUUUGUUUUUGGAUUUUGUUUAUUUUGUUUUGUUUUGGGUUUUUUUUGUUUUUUGGGUUUUUUUGUUGUUGUUGUUUUUUUGCAUUUUCCUUUUUCAGUAUUACUGCCAUGCAAGGCACCAAUAAAAACAGCAAAUGUGUUCCUUAUCUAUGAUACUGUGUUUCUUUUCACAAUUCUUGUAUGAAGGUGUAAUCAUUAGUUUUAUUACAGGAAGAACAAAAGUAUGGAAAAUAAUCUUGUUUUCGAUAUAAAUAGCCCCACUUACUAAAGUUGACUUUGAACUGAGAACUAAAGAUUUAAUUCUUAGAUGUGGACAUUCUCAGAAGGACAGUCAGAACCUGUUACAAUUCAUCUCACUCAGACAGAUCUAGCUUCAGUGUAGCAUCAAAAGAUAUUCCUCUUAUAUGUAAUUGAGUCUAACACACUAGAAAACCCUAGAGCCUGAAGCACCUUUAAUGUUUCCCUGGCUGGACACUAUCAUUGGGUCGGGGGUGGGGAUGGGUUUUUUAACGUGUUACAAUUGUAUUUCAUCUUUUAGUUUCUAUAGAAAAUUUUUUAAAUUUCAGAUCAUUCCAUUGCUAAGAACUCUAAAUAAUUUUCACCUUGCUGGUAUCUAAUUUUGAAUAAUGGAUAUUUCUGAACUGUUUGCCAUUAUUCUCUGGAUUAUACCUUCAACUUUCUGCCAAUGUUAAAAACAAGAAAUCUAGAUUACUUCCAAUGGCCAUUUUUUUUUGCUUGUUUCUUACACCAGAGUAUGUAUUCCCAUCUUGAUAAUUCUAUGUGUAAUCAUUUCUUAUAAGGGUUUUUGGUUGGUUGGUUGGUUGGAUGGUUGGUUGUUUAAAAAUAAGUAUGAAGACCCUGGGUCUGAUAACAUCUGGUCCAAAUGCAUAUAAAGUAAGCAUAUAAAACACUUUGCCCAUUGUAUCCCUUAACAGAAGUAUGUGUUUUACAAACUCUGGUCCACAGACCACCUUCAUCAUAAUUAGCUGUUAGAAAUGUAGCUUCUUGGGCUUAACCCCAGAUGUAAUGAAUCUCUGGAGGCAGAAACAAAGCUUCUGCUAUUUAGCAGCUCUAAAUAAUUCUGUAUGCUCUGGUGUUCCAAAAUAAGCAGGAGGGAGGGUGAUGUUUUUCUCUUCUCUCAGCCUACCUUCCGUGAAUGUCAAAUUUUGAAGCUCCUAUCGCCUACCAUCGUUUCUCCUGAACCUCAGGCCUCUGAGAAAACCUGGAAACUGGGGGUCCAUGAAGUGUCAGGCAAGGGUUUGAAAUUGCAAAGAACUCCCAAUCUCUCUCUCCAUACAUUGCUUUUGAGAGUUUUCAUCCAUAAGUAUCACUUUCCCCACCCUUGUUUCUUUGCUUCUUGUGGCAAAGCAGUAGACUUCAGAGACUCCAGUGGAACACGGAAUAAAACUGAAACAUAGGAAACUACGACCCACUCGAUAUUUGCAAAACAAAUUGAGGUUCUUAGAAAGGAAAAUAGCCAUUGUAGGAUUUGAGAAAUAAACUUUCUGUGCAGUGUUUAUAAUAGACCACCUUUGGCUAUGUUGGUCAUGGUUUCAUCCUAAGUUUCUUCAGGAAAGAAUAUUAUCAGGAUAUGCUAAGUUAUUUGUGGAUGGGAAAAAUCUUGUCUGUUUAGGACAAACUGGGCUCACCAAGGUGCAAAGCCCCAACCAUAACUCUUUCUUCUACCAAAUAAAGUUUACUUAGAAACAUUUCUUUUCUUGGACUUUAUAUCUUUUAGUUUCUUAUGUAAUAUUUAGAACUAGCAUAUUAUAAUAGAUGGUUUUCCUAUUGCCAAUGCCUUGAACAACCAAAUCAAUACUGGCAAUAGUGAAAAGGAGAAAAACUUUUUUUUUCCCAAAAAAAUGUCAAAUUUUAGUUGGUGUUUGAGGAAGUUCCCAUAUACGUUUUUUAAAAAAUCAGGAUGCUGUCAUUCUUGCCAAGUUUAAUAGUUCUACAGUCAUCUCUAUAACUACACAUCGUCCUUGAAACCUCAAUUGUAACAGUGGAGGUAAAGGUAAGCAUGAAUUAGUUCAAUGUCUGAUUUAAAGAAUGUUUAUGAAAAAAAUCCAAUCUAUUUUCUUGAGUUUCUAAAGCAAUCUAAUAGCUAGCUGAGAAGACCUGUUUUAUAAGUAAGCCGUGUAAUUAGUAUGUAAAGUGAAUGCAAUGGUCUCGCUAAAAGUUCUCUAAAAUAGUUAUGUUUUCUUAAGCAGGCUAACUAUCUGUCCUACAAUUUUAGUUAUUCUACCAAUUUGCUUAGCAAACUAUUGUUUACCACAAAGAAUGAACUAGUUCAGCUCUGCUCACAACGUAUCGUCCUUUUUCAAUUAGGUCUAGAAACAUCAGAUUUACUUCCCUAACACGAGUUUCUAAAGAUGCAAAUGAUUAGAGAGUAAAAUGGUACCUUGUUGCUAUUCAGGAUAGAACCAAGAGGAUAAAAGUUGUGUUAUCCUUGAUGUCUCUACUGAUUCGAUUUAAAAGGGGGGAAAAAAAAAACCAGCUACAAGAACAAUUGUAGGAAUUAAGUGGGCCUACGUAAACACCACUAUUUUGUACAUUGCUUGUUCAAUUUAUUAUUAAAAUUUCACAAUCUGGAAAGCAAUCCUAAUUACAAACUGUAAAAUAUAUUUGAAAUAAAGUCUUUUGUUUAUAAAAA